UAGGACCAGAAGUUGUGUUGCGACUCCCGGAAGUUGUCAAAACUGUCAUGGCGGCGCCUGUAGUGAACAGUUGUAACAGUCGAAUUAACUGCUGGUUUCCAGUCUUAGCGCUGGGAGUUUCUCUGCUCAAAUGUCUCUUCAUCAACGCAUAUCAUUCCACAGACUUCGAGGUCCACAGGAACUGGCUGGCCAUCACACACAGUCUGCCUGUGUCCAGGUGGUACCACGAGAACACGUCCACGUGGACCCUGGACUACCCUCCGCUGUUCGCCUGGUUCGAGUUUGGACUUUCCCACGUGGCUCAGCACUUUGACGCCAACAUGCUUCAGGUGGAGAAUCUGAACUACGUCAGCGACGCCACCGUCGUCUUCCACAGGCUGUCGGUCAUCUUCACAGACCUUCUCUACAUCUGUGCUGUCAGAGAGUGCUGCAGGUGCGUUCAAGGACAGAAAGGUUUCCGGGACGUUUUUAGUCAGCCGUCCUUCAUCCUGGCAGUUCUGCUGCUCUUCAACUUCGGCCUCCUCAUCGUCGACCACAUUCAUUUCCAGUACAACGGCUUCCUGUUUGGUUUCCUGCUGCUGUCCGUGGCCAGACACCUGCAGUCUCAGCACCUACAGGGGGCAGUGCUGUUCUCCAUCCUGCUCAACCUCAAGCACAUCUACCUGUAUGUGGCGCCGGCCUACGGCGGCUUCCUGCUCAGGAGCUACUAGCUCNNNAGCUACUGCUUCACUCAGGACAACAAAGACGGUUCUUUACGGUGGAACAGUUUUAGUCUCCUACGAUUUAUGGCUCUGGGAACCAUCGUUCUCUCUGUCUGCGCUCUGUCCUUUGGACCGUUCAUCCUCAUGGGCCAGCUGCCCCAGCUUCUGUCCCGCCUCUUCCCCUUCAAGCGCGGCCUCUGUCACGCCUACUGGGCUCCAAACUUCUGGUCCCUGUACAACAUGGUGGACAAAGUCCUGACCAGCGUCGGUGUUCGUCUGAACCUGCUGCAGGAGGCGGAGCUUCAUCGGGCCUCGAUGACGGGUGGAUUGGUCCAAGAGUUCCAGCACGCCGUCCUGCCGUCCAUCUCGCCGUCUGUCACGCUCGUCUGCACCGUGCUGUCCAUCCUGCCAGCGCUGACCGUCCUGUGGCUCCGCCCCCGCGGUUCCCGCCGUUUCCUCCGCUGCCUGCUGCUCUGCGCUCUCGGCUCCUUCAUGUUUGGCUGGCAUGUCCAUGAGAAGGCCAUCCUCAUCGUCAUUCUGCCCCUCGGUAUCCUGGCGGUGGAGAGCAGAGAGGAUGCUGGGAUUUUCCUGCUUCUGAGCACCACGGGUCAUUACUCUCUGUUCCCGCUCAUCUUCACACCUGCAGAGCUGCCGAUCAAAAUCCUUCUGAUGUUGAUUUACAGCAUUUACUCCUUCACUGCACUGAGGAAACUCCUGAGUGGUCAGGGUCCUGUAUUGCGCCCACUAGAGGUCGUCUACCUGAUAGGUUUGGUUGGCGUGGCAGUGUUCUGCGAGGUUGUCUUCCCUCUGUCACCGUGGCACCAGAAGCUGCCUUUUCUCCCCCUGCUGUUGACCUCCGUGUACUGCGCCCUGGGCGUCAGCUACUCCUUCCUCAGACUGUAUUUGACUCUGCUGAGUGGGACACAGCGGGACAAACCAAAACAGUCGUGAGGGGACACACGUCACAGUGAGUGUACGUGGGACCUACACAGACGGUGACCACCAGGGGGCAGAACUCUCAAAAGACAUUUUUCUGGGUGUGAUGACAUCAUCUGUUCACAAACAUUGAACGUUUUUAUUUUGUGGACCAAAUAAGGAGGUGUUCCCAAACCACACUGGGAUUAUUGUGUUUGUUUUCUGAAAAUAUCAAAUAAAUUCACUCAAACCUGA